GUUGUAGCAUCCUCUAAAACGUAUGAGUUUUCCCUAUGAAUUCUCAUUUUCGCAAUCAAAAUGAUAAAAAAUACAUGAAAAUAAAAAAUGGCAGAUAACGUUAUUUUUAGCAGAUGAUGAUAUAUUGAUAUGCACAAAUUAUUAUUAGAAAUUGAUUUUUUUUGGUAAUUCUCCCUGCAAAAUUCAUCCCCAAGAAAGACUUGUUUUAUAAAGUUAUCCUUCAAGAAUACUUUUUUACAAAUUCCCAACAAAAAAGUGAGCUUUCUUACAAAUUACUCCCCUCAGUCACGCUUUUGCUACACCCUCGGACCUCAGUGUCUCCAUCAUCAGGUUUCUCCCGACUCCCGCUGUAGAAAUAAUAAAAGUAUCCGACGCUAUCAUGCGAAUGUCUGCCGUCGGUCAAGAAGAAAAUUAGUCUCAUAAAAUUCAUCGAUUGAUUCGUGUUUUUCGUUUUAUUUUUUUGCCUAACAGUUGUUAAAUGUCAGGCGGCUCAGCAGUAGGGGCACCAAUUCCCGGUCGCCGGAGUACCGUUCGCGUUGUGGUUGUCGGUGAUCGUGGUACCGGUAAAUCAAGCUUAAUCGCGGCAGCUGCCUCCGAGAAUUUUCCUGAAAGCGUUUCACCUGUUCUUCCUCCUACUCGUCUUCCUGCGGAUUACUAUCCGGAUGGCGUUCCUGUCAUCAUCAUCGACACCGCCUCUAGUUUGGAAGGGAAAGCGAAGCUAGAGGAAGAAUUGAAGCGAGCUGAUGCCGUGGUGUUAACCUAUGCUUGUGAUAAACCUGAAACACUCAAUCGCCUUCAGAAUUUUUGGAUUCCUGAAGUUCGUCGCCUGAAGGUGAAGGUACCGGUGAUUGUGGUUGGUUGCAAGCUAGACUUGCGAGAUGAACACUACCCCAUGAGUCUAGAGCAGGUGAUGGCUCCAAUAAUGCAGCAAUUUAGGGAGAUUGAAACUUGUAUAGAGUGUUCUGCAGCCAACCUUGUCCAGGUACCUGAGGUGUUUUACUAUGCUCAAAAAGCAGUGCUUCAUCCAACUGCCCCAUUGUUUGAUCAAGAAUCUCAAACUCUAAAACCCCGAUGCAUACGAGCAUUGAAAAGGAUAUUUAUUCUUUGUGAUCACGAUAUGGACAGUGCCCUAAAUGAUAACGAGUUGAAUGAAUUUCAAGUGAAGUGUUUCAAUGCUCCUCUACAACCUGCUGAAAUAGUAGGUGUUAAAAGAGUUGUGCAGGAGAAGGUACCUGAAGGAGUCAAUGACUAUGGGCUUACACUAACAGGCUUUCUUUUUCUUCAUGCUCUAUUUAUUGAAAAAGGUCGCCUUGAGACUACAUGGACUGUUUUGCGUAAAUUUGGUUACAAUGAUGACAUUGAACUUCGGAAGGAGAAUCUUCCUGUUCCCUCUAGAAAAGCUCCCGACCAGAGUAUUGAGUUGACUAGUGAAGCUGUGGACUUCCUGAUGGGGAUUUUCAGUUUGUUUGAUUCCAACAAUGAUGGAGCUCUACAAGAAUCUGAGGUUGAUGAGCUGUUUUCAACUGCACCAGAAAGCCCUUGGGAUGAAGCUCCUUACAAGUAUAGUUUAGAGAGAACCGAAUUAGGGGACAUACGGCUUUCAGGGUUUCUCUCUCAGUGGGCCCUAAUGACAAACCUCGAUCCAGCUAAAAGUUUAGCCUAUCUGAUAUAUCUAGGUUACACUAAUGACCCUGCAACAGCACUCCGUGUCACUAGAAAAAGAACAUUAGAUGUUAAAAAACAACAAUCCGAUAGACAUGUUUUCCAGUGCUAUGUAUUUGGACCCAAAAAUGCUGGAAAGUCUGCAUUGUUAAGUUCAUUUAUCGGAAGGCCUUUCCAAAACUCAUAUGCUUUAGAUAACAAUAAUUGUUAUACGGUCAAUGCUGUUGACCAGCUUCGGGGAACUAAGAAGACUCUUAUAUUGCGUGAAAUUCAAGAAGAUGAUGUCAAAGAGUUUCUAUCUAGCAAGGAGUCCUUGGCUGCUUGUGAUAUAGCAGUUUUUAUUUAUGACGGUUCGGAUGAAUAUUCGUUAAAAAGAGCAUCAGAACUGCUUAUGGAUGUGGCGAGGCGAGGUGAAGAUACUGGUUACGGCGUGCCUUGUUUCUUUGUUGCGGGCAAAGAUGACUUGGAUUCUUACCCCAUGGCAAUCAGAGAUUCCGAAGCGAUCUGUCAGGAAUUGAAAAUAGAUCCACCGAUUCAUAUCAGCGUAAAAGAAAGAGACAUGAACAACAUUUUUUGGAGAAUUGUAAACGCAGCCGAACGCUGUUACUUAAGCGUCCCCGAAACCGAAUACGGAAGAAACAAGAAGCAGUACCGCCGCCUCGUUAAUCGCUCUCUCAUGUUUGCUUCUGUCGGAGCUGCUGCGGCUGUAAUUGCAUUGGCAGCAUACCGGGCGUAUGCUUCGAGGAAGACUCAUUCCGGCAGUUAGGUUAAAAACAUACCGAUGUUUUAAAAAUAAGCACAAAGAGAAGUAAAAUGUAGGCGUUUGUUUGGGUUUGGCGACAGUGAAGAUGACACGUAGGGGGGAUUUAAUUUAUGAGAUGAGAGUAAGUUUGUUUUGUUGCAAGCAGCAAAUUGGCAAUUGGACAAGAGAAAGGGCGAAAGUGAAGAUUUUGGCGAUCCUGAUUUUCAGGUGCUUUUGAUCCUGAAAUGAUAAGAGAAUAGCAGGAGCAGGAGCAAUAGGGGUGGAAGUGGGGAGGUAAUGGUGAUUGGUUGAUAUUAUUGUGGACUGGCUGUUGACCCAAAAUCCAAAUUGAUUUCAUUUUUCUCGCAAUAAUUUUUGUCUCUCUGUGUGUCUGUCAGUGAUUGAGUGACUAAAGGCAGAUGGGUAGGG